CUCUAUAUCAUGGCCUCCCCCGACCUGCCCAAGGCCGCGCUGUACUACUUUCCCAAGUCCAUAUGGUCAACCAUCCCUCUUCUCGUACUAGAGGAGAAGGGCUACGCGCCCGAUGAAAUUGACCUCAAAGUUGUCGACUUGCACAAAGGAGAGCAGUACACGCCUUCGUACUUGCGAUUGAACCCCAAUGGCACCGUGCCGACCCUCGUCGUCCCUCUCCACAAGACGCUCUCCCUAGAAAUUGAGAGCCGCUACAAAGCAAUCCAAGACUCCAAGUCCAUUGCAGAAUUUCUCGACAAGUCGCGUUCUACGCAGUCACGCACGCACACGACGUCCUCUGCGCCGUCGCCGUCGUUGAGCCCGGCGACUAUCGCGUUCAGCGCUGUUUCCGAGAAGGUGAUCGCGCUCAUCCGUUCGGAUGCCGCAAACCCGAACGCGCUAACAAUCCUCAAUGGUCACGACGAGGAGUCCCUCCGUGUCGUCACCGAGGCGCGCCUGUGGGUCCUCACCGCCCGCCAGCAGGCCCUCGAGCGGCUGCUCACAGACAACGAGUCUGCCAACAUCAGCGUGUCGGAGAAGACACGACGGUUCUGGGAGACCAAGAAGAACAGCGUGGCGGAUUACCUGCCUGUACUUCAGGACGCGGAGAAGCCUACAGACCAGCUCGACGGACACGCACGACAGGUGAGAGAGAACUACUGGAAGGACAGCAAGGCUGCGUGGUUCGCACUGCGCCAGGCGCUUCUCCAGCUGAACCAAGAGAUCAUCGGGCCCUAUGUACUUGGUGAUCAAUUAUCGCUCGCGGACCUGCACCUCGCGGCCUGGCUAGCGCGCCUGGUCAAGCUCUCCGGCGGCACCAUAUCCGAUGACGGCAACACCGCCAUUGAACGUAUCGAGGCGCAUACGGGGCCCGCCUUUAGUCUGCCGAAGGACCUGUCAGUUGCCGAGGCGCGCCGCCGUGCCGGAUUGCCCAUCCCUGACGCCGACUCGAAUGAGCGUCAGAACCGGCUGGCGGCAUUUUGGGAUGCAGUGAAGGAGCGGCCGAGCUUCAAGAAAGUGUACGCAGAGGGCUUGCACUGAACGAGCAGGGAGAUAGCGUAAAUGGUGUCAGAUAUGAGAGGGGACACAGUGCUGAGGGCGAAUCGGAUCCAAGGGUAUGAGGUCGGGCGCAUCGCAGAUGUCCGUGGCGUUUGUAUAAAUAGCAUGCUGGGAUAAGUCAACCAACCAGAGACAG